GCUCCCCAGCAACGAUCCACUGGUCUCCAGCAGCAGUUGUGCGGCGCAGAUCUGCACUCCUGGGCCUCGGCACACACCAGGGCAGUUCACAUGUUUUCUGACGUUAUGAGAGAGAGCGGACAGAGCUGCUUGUGAGUGGAGCUCCCAGACCGCAAGGGAUCUACUUUCCCUCCCUCCUUGACCAACAUCUCUUGGGAUCUUUCUCUCCAGGACUAAGCUUGGAAUUACCUGUUCCACAGCAAGAGCCGAUGGAGCUGGGCCACCGAGCAGGUACAACCACUCUGACCAGGGCCCAUCCGAACAACAAGGAGGGCCAGCAGGACACGGACCCCUGGAGAGCUGCCCGUAGCCCUUUGGAUACCUCCAAGCUCAAGUACCAGGCCCCAGUCUCCCCAAAGACAUCCUUGUACCAAGGAGACAGCCCCCGAAGCAGCUCCCUGGGGCGGGCCUCCCUGGAGGAGAUCCCGCCUCCACCCCCUUCAGCCGUCAGCCGGGGAUCCCCCUGGAGGGACUCAGACCCGGAAUCCCUGAAGAAGGGGAGCUUCAGACCCUCCUCGAGGGAGAGCAGGGCUUCCUUACGAGAAGGGGCUCAGCCGUGCCAGGCACCGAAGGAAGACCCCAACUCGGGGGCCCAGGGCCAGAGCGGCAGCAGCAUUCCCAACAACAUUCGUCACAAGUUUGGGAGCAACGUGGUGGACCAGCUGGUCUCCGAAGAGCAGGCUCGAAAGGCCAUUGGGGAAGCCUUGGAGGACCAGAAGAGGGCCAGCUCAUGGCCCAGCAGGAUCCAGAGCCCCACGGAAAUUACCUCCAUCUUUUCAGACUACUAUGAUCUGGGCUACAACAUGCGGUCAAACUUGUUUCAAGGGGCCCCACAGGAGACGAAGAGCCUCAUGAAGGCUUCCUACACCCCCGAGGUGAUUGAGAAAUCGGUGAGGGACUUAGAGCACUGGCAUGGCAGGAAGACGGAUGAUCUGGGACGGUGGCACCAGAAAAAUGCGAUGAACAUGAACUUGCAGAAAGCACUGGAUGAGAAAGAAAAGAGCAAAAACAAGAACUCAAAGUAGAUACAGCCCAGGAGAGGUGCCCUCCGCUCAGAGAAAGUGCUAAUAAAGAAAGGCACACAUCCGAA